UAGCAGAAAGCGGAGCGCGGAGAUGCAUCCGAGCGCAAUGCCGGCGCCCGCCGUUGUGUGUUCAGAGCCACUGCAGCUAUGAAAGCGAAGGUAUAUUCACCCGUGGUCGUCGAGGGAUGCAAGAGAGUGAGGGGGGAGCCCGAUGCGCGGUAGGGGAUGGGAAUGUGAUGGCGGCGAAGUCUGGUAGGGGAGAGGUAGCUAGCGAACGCGAGAGGAGGCAUUGUGUGGCCGCUAGGACAGACCGGAGCCAGGUAUGGCAUGGUGAUGAACUGAGUGAAUCACGCUUCGGACGCUUCGAGAAACGAUCGAUCGUGCAAACACGCAGCUGCGACAGCAGAAUUCCUUUCCGCUUCGACAAUCGAGAGGCGAAGAAACGAUCAGUGCGAAUGCGAACGUAAGAGGAAGAUCCGUGCGCGUUUCCAGCGUCAUGUGUGCGAGAAGCGUGUUGCUGUUGCUCGCCGUCGAUUGGAUCGCCGAGAGCACACUCGCCGUUGCGUUGAGUCAGCACGUAAAGCCGACCGUGAACAUCAGUAAGUGCUGCGAGCUCGAGGAGAUGCUGGUGAACGAACGUUGCAUACCGUUGACGGAAGUCAAUAAGACCAAGUGGCAGCCGGAGUUCGUGAAACAGGCGAAUAAAGCGAGCAAAGUAGAUUACGAGCUGAAAGUCGGACGACCGAGGUGCAAACCGAACGAGCACGAGUGGACUGUGUAUGAUUAUCCUGGCUCGUAUAGGCUGGACUGCUUGUUGUUCCUGUCGAACGGCAUGCUGCGUCACUAUGCCAAGUGCACCGCGUCAGAGGAUAACAGCGAUGCCGUGUUUGACGAGGACGACCACGUUAAAGAGUAUCCGAAUGUACAACGAUUGCACGCCGAUUAUCCGUUUGGGCAUUACUGCGCCGACCAGGCAAUGCACAGCAACAAUAGCCAGGUGGGGACGUACGCCGUGGUGUGCGUGCGAAACAAUGCCGUACACUGGACCGACACCGACUACUUGAUGCAGCACGCAAUCGAUCCCGCUUUCCACGCCGUAUCGAUGGCCUGCUACCUCAUCGUCGCGGUCAUCUACUUCGUGCUGCCGCAGCUGCGCGAUCUCGUCGGCAACAUCAUCACCAGCAUGAUGCUCUGCCUCGUGGUCAACCAGUGCGCCUCCACCGUCAGAAUAUUCACCGAAUUUGGCAGUCAUAUCAGCUUCAUUAUCGCCGACACGGUCAUAUACGUUUCCCUGAUGGCGAUCUUCAUGUGGCUCAGCGCGCUGGGCUACUACGUGUGGAACGCGUUUAAGUCGCGCAACGUUUUUCUGCGAGUGACCGACGGCAGGAAGUACUGCUACUACUCGUCGUGGGUGUGGGGUCUGACAAUCUGCCUCGCCGGCACCGCGUUCUUCGCGCACUUCGUUCUUGAGACGGACAAGCACACUGUCGCCGGCCCGAUGUACCCCGCUCAGGAGACCGUCGGUUUGCUCGGGAUGUCCGUGAUGUUCACGUGCAUCGGUUUCGCCGUUAUAAUCGACCUAUGUCUGAUACUGACGACCGCAAACAGAAUCAAGAGGAUAAACACGUACGGCCGAAUUCACCACAAGAUGAAGUACAGCUUCCGCAUGUUCGUCUUGCUCUACGUGAUCUUGAGCGCUGGUUGGUUCUCGCUGAUGUUGUCGCAGUUCAAGUACAAGGCUUUCGAGUACUGCAACAUCGUCGUCAAUCUCUUGCAAGCGCUGAUGGUACUCUAUGUGUGCGUGUUGGGCCAGCGUAGAGUCACGUUUCUGCUCAGCAAAACAUGCAACUGUUGUGACGUUGGCGACAACACCGAGGGCCUUGACUGGGGCGAGGAGAUGACUGCCAUUAACGCGGGUUAUUAACGCAUUGUUUGUCACUCACGAACAAUUCACAAUACGAUCGUUCUAUGUCGCGAGUACGAUCUGUAUGCAAAUCGAUGACGCGUUUAAGUCACGAGUACAAAUACCGCGCACACAGCCAUAAAGAGUAGAGUGGAACGAUAAACAUUCCAUGCUAAAAGCAAAUACAAGCAUGUGCUCGUAUGUGCGUGCAUUCACAGUCAAAUCGAGAAUAUGAUUCUUCAUAUCGAUUGGAUUCAACACACUUGUUUCCAUGAUUCAUCUCAAAGUCAUAGCUCAUAAAAGCAUAUAUUUCUCGCGUGCAGAUUUUAGCAAAUAUAUAUAGGUAUAUACAUUGAAACCAAAAGAUAUUCUUUGUAGAGUGUGAUCAAUGGAUAUGUUUUUUACUUCACCGGGAAACAGUAUUAUGCGUGUAAUAGCAUUAAGCAAACGCAAAACGUGCAAGAUAUGUAAAAAAAGAUAUGUAUACAUUCGAGACAAUAAUUGGAGAGAGAAAUGUGGCAAUAUUGUAAAUAAUAUUGUAAUAAUCAAGCCAAUGUGUAAAUUCAAUACGAGUCGGAAAAGCAGAUAAAUUUGACUGAUAAAAGAUAUUAUAAAUUAAAAAAAUUUUUAAAAGUUAUAUAUGAAAUAUACGAGAUACAUAUCGAUUAAGAUUGUUGAUAAACGAAUUAUGGCACAUUGGAAAAAUUACGUGUGCCUUUAAUAUAUCAAUAUGUCAAACUUGCCGAUUGUAUGUGCCUCAAAUCAAAAUUAAUCUCUUGCCUUAUAAAAAUGUACGCUUACUUAGACAUCAAUUUCACAAUUCACAAGUCAUUUCACAAUUUUGACAUCUAGCAUCUAUCGAUGUUUCUAGCACAUCAUCUCACCAUAAAUGUACUGAUUUCUAAAUAUAAAAAGUCAAUUAUAUUGUGCAAUAUCAAUAAUACUAUUCAAUUACUAAUUAACAAAGUUUGUUAUGCAAAUGAGUUGCACAAUAUAGUUAAAUACAUCAAUCCCUGAUGGUCUGAUUUUUUAAUGAUACUUAUGUAGUAUUUAUAUUUAUGUGUAGAGUGAUCCAAUUUUUGUACAAGACAGUCGAUAAAUAAAAUUGAAAUAACUAAUUAAA